GGACCGUAUUGUUCUCUCUGAAACCGAAACCUCCACUUGACCGGUAACGCCUAUCUCUGGCAUGCGAGGAUGUUCCGCGCCUAUCCUUUUUCCUCCGGUUAACGCUAUCGGUCAAUUGUCAUCACUAUUUGUCAUGUCUCUUGGACAAGGUCUUUCUUGUCCUUCCUCGCCUCCAAUCCUGCUGCAAACACAUCCCCAACAGAUUGCUACCCUCAACACCGGGCUUCAGCGCGCCCCGACAACCAAGCUUCUCAACGCUUAUAGCCUUACCCGGUCCGAGGUCUCACGCGGGAUCGUGAACAAGGCCGGUCAACAAUGACCGCGCCAACGUUGCAGCACGUGAAAAGAUUGAGGCAGCUUCCUGCGCUGUCUGUUGUUGCUCUUCGGCGUUAUCUUAGUUCUCUGGCCGACCCCUCCAAACCUCUACUCCCUUUCAUCCCAAAAACUGUCAAGAUCAUCCUGCUGCUCCUGAUCAUCAUAAACUCUCCCUCUCUCCCAUUCCAAUGGCAUAUCCGAGUCUGGCGGUACCCACUCAAAGCAUACUUUGAUUUAUUCACUAAAGGACGGGACAAAUUUUUGGGAGAAUGCGAACAACGGUCCUUGCGACAUGGAGGUAUCACCGAGAGGACAAGGUUGAAGCGGAUCGCCUGGUUUGAUGACUGCGACUACAAUCUUCAUCUCUCUAAUUCAUGUUAUGCCAAGAACGUUGAUGCAGCGAGAAUGAAGUGGGCAAUCGAUGUCAUUUUGCCUGCCUUUCGUCCUGGGAUCCACAUGGCUCUAGGUGCCACACACUAUGUCUUCGUAAAGGAGAUACCGCUCGGCUCAGAGUAUGUCAUGGAGACGAGAGCUGGGGGUUGGGAUGAGAAGUGGAUCUACCUCGUCACUGAGUAUAUCAUCUACCCCAAGAAAGCGGCUCGCGGUAAAGGCAAGCGACCUAUCAAACCGGACCCUACACCAGCUGGUCCAUCCGUACCAACAUUGGUCGGUCCCUCGUCGACUGGAGACUCGACACCUGAAGCGAAUGGCUCCUCAACACCAACAACCACCAUGGAGGCGGUACGAAAAGCCGCUUCUCUGCGCUCAAGGAUGCCAAGGGAGGACGGUGGGAUCGUCUGUUGUCUGGCUGUUGCCGAGUAUUGCUUCAAGCAGGGCAGAGUGACCGUGCCACCACGAAUCGUCUUGCACCUCGGGAUGGUCUCUCCGAACCAAAGCGACCGGGAACUUGCUCGAGAUCGUGUUCUCAACAGCAAAGACCAAGGCGCCAAGUGGGUUCGAGGUGGUUGGCGAGAGGAGCCGGAUGCUAUGGAGAUUGGGGCGUCUAUCGGGGAUGAGAUCAACGGAGGAGAUGACAAAUCAUUCACGAGUGGAUGGGUGGAGAAGAGCAGAGAGGGCAUGGAGCAGGUCAAUGCUGGCCUCAGUGUGUUUUAGGGUCCUAUAGAUGCAGCCAUGCAUAAUAUAUACAGCUAA